AUGCCAUUUAUGGGGAACAAUUUCACAACGAAAAAAUUGAUAUCAUAUAAGGAACUGUUAAAAAGAUUGGACGGAGAAUUCCCACAAAUUUUGAAGAUCGCGAAUGAGCGGAACAGUACAGCGAAGAUCUACAAGGUGCAGGGGUUUCGAGGCACUUUCGGAUUCAUAUCGUCGAUGACGGAGCACUUCUGCGGAAGUUGUGAUAGGCUUCGCAUCACCGCUGACGGCAAUCUGAAGGUAUGUCUACAUGGGAGUAGUGAGGUUUCGCUUCGAGAUAUAUUACGCAACGGCGGUACCAAUGAGGAUAUCAGAAGAACCAUUAUUGAAGCU